AUGGGCCCGGAAUCCAGAUCCAGGUUCCAGAUACUUCCUCGGCCCGGACUGAGUACGCUCGGCAUGCCGGAGGCUGACCUGGAGGGUGGAGAGCUGAGAGUGAAGGACACUCGCGAAGUGGUUGCCAUUAAGUGUGUGGCGAAGAAAAGUCUAAACAAGGCCUCAGUGGAAAACCUCCUAACCGAGAUCCAGAUCCUUAAGGACAUCCGACACCCCCACAUCGUGCAGCUGAAAGACUUCCAGUGGGACAGUGACAACAUCUACCUCAUCAUGGAGUUCUGUGCUGGAGGUGACCUGUCUCGCUUCAUCCAUACUCGCAGGAUUCUGCCUGAGAAGGUGGCCCGAGUCUUCAUGCAGCAGUUGG